UCCCCGUGCUAUAUCUUCGUCUCACUCGCUCCUUUCCCAAAUUUCCCACUUUCCGUUACUGGAGGGAGCAAAAAAUAACAAAAAUGGCGAACGCAUGGCGAAGAGACAAACCCUCCUCCCUCUCUUCCCACAAAACCCUAAUUUCCCUCUCCUCCAUCUUCCUCAUCCUCUUCUUCAUCUUCCUCUUCUACCCUUCCACCUCAAACCCUAGCCGCAUCGCACCCUACAAAACCCUAGCCCACGCCCGUGGGAUCCGGCCCUACGAUUGCCUCGCCUCGCCGCAGGCGUCGCCCGUGUUCGCGAGCCUCGUGGAGGGCGUGCGAUACCCUUUCUUCUUCUCCCUCUCCGAUUUCGGCGCCUUGCCGGAGAAGCCGCACAAGAACAUCGUGCGGAUGCUGAAGGGGAAGCCCUUCCGGCGCCCGGACAUAUCGGCGACGAUCCAGGAGCUGUUGGAAGGGAAGGAGAGGGGCCGUGGUGCGGUGGUGGUGGACGUGGGCGCGAAUGUGGGGAUGGCGUCUUUCGCGGCUGCCGCUAUGGGGUUCCGGGUGGUGGCGUUCGAGCCUGUGCUCGAGAACCUGCAGCGGAUCUGCGACGGGGUCUUCCUGAACCGAGCCGGGGAUCGGGUCACCGUGUAUGCAGCAGCCGCCUCGGAUCGGAUUGGGAACAUCACCUUCCAUAAGUUAGUCGGCCGUCUCGACAACAGUGCCAUCUCUGCGACCGGUGCGAAGCUUGCAUUCAAGUCCAAUGAAGAGAUCGCGAUUGAGGUCCCAACAAUCCCUUUGGAUGAAGUAAUUCCUGAUUCAGAACGGGUUUUACUGAUCAAAAUCGAUGUUCAAGGUUGGGAAUACCAUGUACUACGAGGGGCCUCGCGGCUUCUAUCCAGGAGAAAAGCUGAAGCCCCCUAUCUAAUAUAUGAGGAGGACGAGCGGCUUCUGCAGGCAAGCAACAGUAGCUCACAAGAAAUAAGGACUUUCCUUCGAAGUGUUGGGUACAGCCAUUGUUCAAAGCACGGUAACGAUGCGCACUGCACAAAGGAUUAGUCUUCAAACAGCUUUUGGCGGGAAUUUAACAUCCUCUUUAUUCUUUUCGGAAUUUUUGCAGAAAAAGUCCUUUUUCUCUAUUCUGCAACAGUUUACCUUCUUCUUCAUUAUUAUUAUUAUAUUAUUAUUAUUAUUAUUAUUUACUGCUUUGGGCCAAAAUCUAUUUUUAAUGGUCCGAAAUGCCCCUGGCCAGUGUCUGCUAGAGUUCCAUCUGGUGGUGUUCUGGUCAAUGCACGGAUAGUUUAAUGCAAGAUUGCAGAGGCAAAAAAAGUGAAUCAACAUUGCAAAAUGGAAGGAAAGGAGGAUUUUUUGUGCAAAAUGAGUAUUCUUUUCCAAUUCCACAUGAAAGGGAAAUGCUGAUAGGGCAUCACAGGCGAAUUUGCUGUGGAAAUGUGUAGAAGUUUACUUUUCUUUUUGAAACUUCUGAAUGUGGCUGAAGUGAGGGUUUCUUUUUUUCCUGUCUUUCUUGUGGAGAAAUUGCCCCUGGGCAAGAGGUAAAAUGAGUGCUAAUUUUUAUGGAAUGUAAUGUUAACUGCGGUGAGGUCAAUAUCUGAUUUCUAGAUGCUAACCCUGUUAGUCUUUUACUAAUUUAUGCAAAUUGAUCAUGAAGUAGUUGAAAAAUUGUAUCAACAUAUUCUUUGUUUAUUGGGAUCACCUACCUGUAUUGAUCUUAUGACGAUGUGUUAUUAAUGAUGUACUGGUACUGCAUUUCGUGGUU